AUGAAGGCCGUUGUCAAUGGAACUGGUCCCACCUCCACAGAUGGCAACAACCACGGAAACAGUAGUACAAAGUCGUUGGUAGAAAGCCUCUAUAAUGUGGAGAAUCGCGCAAGCAACCCGAGGAAGAGGGUGAAGUUGGACGACCACGACCACAGCCAUGAAACCCUGAACAAGAAGGCCUCGUCUUCAUACCAUCAUAGCAACGGGGUUGUCGGUGAAUAUAUGCGGCCGGAUCCCGAGAAAGUAGCCGAAGCCGUGAAAAGCAGCCUGGUUGACCUGACCAACGUGGACGAGGAGUCGGAGGAUGAUCUGAAAAUCGUCUCGGAACGCUCGCUCGAUGAUCAGGAGGUCUGCUACGGCCAUAUUUCUACUACCGCCCAUGCUCAUCUUGUGCCGAAGCCCAAGAGCAUCAGUCAGUUUGCCCAGGACCGGGAAUGGCCCGUGAUGAAGUGUGAUCUGGAUCGGAAGGCUGGUAAAGACACCGUGAUCGAAGUUCUGGAUCCUUGGGGCACAAGCUUCGCAAGAGUUAAUCCGGAUUUUGCGGCCGCACUUGCGCCUGCUAUGGAUGCUUUAAACGGCUUCAGAGCCCAACCAAGACUGAUCAAUCGCAGAAAGAAGCUGAACGAGUGGCCUCACCAACCCUGUUCCGAGCAACUUAAGAUGGUUGUUAACCUCUAUGGUCGUCGAGGGGAUGCUGCUAAGGUCGGCAAGCUUUUCGGUCAGAACAACUUCUGGUUACGGCCACCAAUGGCAUCAGAAGCCGGUAUCCCGGUUUACAACCCGCACGCACAAAAGAAGCCGCUCUUUCAAGCAAAAGGUUACGACAAAACAAUUCGACCAUUGUCGGAUGCUCGAACCUUGGAAGAGGCAACGGAAGCUGUGUCCAAAGUCUUCGAUUCGUUCGCAAAUGCGUCUCGCUCUCUUGGUGAAACCAAUCCGCCCCUCGACGUUAUCAGAACACCCUUACUUAGCCACCAAAAACAAGCGCUCACAUUUAUGCUACGACAGGAGCAGCCACGUGGCUUUGGGAGUGACGAGUCUGAAAAUACUUCCCUUUGGAGGAGGAAAAUACGGAAGAAUGGCACUGUCGUCUACAACGAAGUCAUUACCGGUAUCUCUAUUAAAGACGAGCCAGACCAGGUCCUUGGAGGCCUGUUGGCCGACGUUAUGGGCCUUGGAAAGACACUUGAAGCUCUCUCGCUCAUCUCCAGUACACUGGAAGAGGCUAAAGAUUUCGCCGAGGAAAAGGUAAUGAGGGAUAACCAAGAUGAAAAUCAAAACCUUAUCCUGUCCAACACCGGAGCGACCCUAAUUGUCUGUCCGACCAGUACCGUCAAAAACUGGGAGGAUCAGAUCGCUUCUCACGUCAACCCGGAUACCAUGACCUAUACUGUUUUUCACGGACCGAAUCGAGAGAAGAACCCAUUUGUGUUAUUGAAGUACAACAUUGUCAUCACCACCUAUGGAAUUAUUGGUUCCGAGUUCUCAAGCAAGAAGGAGGCCAUCGUGAGUCCUUUGAGACAGCUGAAGUGGUUCCGCAUUGUUCUAGACGAAGCGCACACGAUCCGAGAGCAGAAGGCUCUACAGUCACAGGCUUGCUACAGCUUGGAAGCGCAGCGUCGUUGGUGCUUGACUGGAACGCCGGUCCAAAAUCGACUUGACGAUUUGGGGUCUCUGACACGAUUUUUGCGCUUGUACCCUUACGAUACCGCCGCCAGAUUCAACCAGUACAUCAGAGGACCGGCUCAGUCAGGCGACCCGUCUUUUUUGAAGGCGCUACGUAUAUUUGUCGACUCGUUCACAUUACGGCGGUUGCGAGACCGCGUUGAUCUCCCAGAAAGAAAGGACUAUGUUGCUAAACUUAAGUUCUCCGAUGACGAGCGGCGUCUGCACGAAUUCUUCAAAGAGACGGCUCAUGUACAGAUCCAAGAGUUGGCGCGCUCCAAAGAAAAGAAUAGCGGUGUCCAGCAUCACGUUCUGAGAGGUAUUAUGACUCUUCGGCUGAUCUGCGCUCAUGGUCGAGAACUGCUCAAUGAGAAAGAUCUCAAACUGCUGAAAGGCAUGAGUGCAAACGAGGCGAUCGAUAUUGACGAAGAGGCAACGGCGCCCACAAUAUCGAGGAAGGCAGCCUAUGAAGCUCUGAACCUGAGGAUGGAAGCAGAGUUGGACGUCUGCAGGAAUUGUGAAAGAAGCAUCAGCAAAGACGUUGUUAAGGUUGAGACCGACACCGAUGACGAACAAGCUCUUCGAUGCUUCGUCCUGCCGUGCUUCGACCUCAUCUGCGGCGAUUGUUUCAGCUCAGUCAAACCUCAUUUCGACAGCACGCCGAACAACGAUACCGUUACCUGUCCUUUCUGCGCGGCAGACAUCGCUGCACAAUAUGUCGGGUUUAGUGGAUCCACAGCGCAGGAGAUUCUCGUGGCACCUGACGAUACGAUCGACCAGGAAGAAGGAGAGGAGAUGGUUCGAGCGUACAGCGGACCUCACACCAAAACUAAGGCGCUUCUUGCCGAUAUCGAGGAGAUGUACAGGACCAGCGAACCACUAGAGGCUGCGGGAGAAGUCCCGUUGAAGUGUGUUGUCUUCUCGGAGUUCACGUCUCACCUUAACCUGAUCGAAAGAGCCCUGACUGACCACGGAUACUCCUUUGUCCGGAUCGAUGGCACCAUGUCACUCAACGCCAGGAAGAAGUCUAUGGAUGCUCUCGCCACAGACAACAACGUCCGCAUUCUUCUGGCAUCGAUCAAGGCGGCAGGCCAAGGACUUAACUUGACAGCCGCAUCCCGAGCAUUCAUUAUGGAGCCGAUGUGGAAUCCGGCAGCUGAAGCGCAAGCAGUCGAUCGCAUUUACCGGAUUGGACAAAAACGGCCUGUUGUUAUUAAGCGGUAUCAGAUGGAAGACAGCAUCGAGCUCAAGAUUGUGGAUCUACAGCGGAAGAAACAGCAGCUGGCAGACGUAUCGGUGAACCAGAAUUACAAGCAGUUGAGCAAGCAGGAGGUGAGGGAGGCUCACAUGAAAGAGAUUUUGGAGCUCUUCAAGUGA